AAAGCUAUUUGAAGCAUGACUGAGUUGACACGCGCAAACAGGAAAUGACGUUUCUAAACACAGCGCCAUGAUGGCCGUCUUCACGCGCUGCUGUCUAAAAGUGCAGUAAAGUUACUGCUUUCUAUCCGAGAUAAAUGGAUAUUAUAACAGAGAUACGUUUAUAACAAACAGGUAAAGAUGAUCCGCAGGUCGAGGAUCAGCGUGCGGCCCAACGUGAAGCCCACAGGGAGAGCUGCAGCCACGUCUCGAGAAGCUCCUGCUGACCUCAGUGACCAUGCAGAAGUCAAGGCUGGAGCUGAGGAGAGCAUCACGGAAGUCAAGGCUGGAGCUGAGGAGAGCAUCACAGAAGUCAAGGCUGGAGCUGAGGAGAGCAUCACAGAAGUCAAGGCUGGAGCUGAGGAGAGCAUCACAGAAGUCAAGUCUGCUGUUCCGGCUCCGGAGAUGAGUGAUAACACAGAAAGCCAGAGCGGUGAUGUAACCAGGCAAUCAGAUCUCAGCUUGAACGCAGCGGAUGUGGCGGGCCAAAGUGCAUUCACCAGCUCUUUAUCCACGAGGAGGAAGCGCUUUAGUGUCCUGCCCAACCUCAGCAAACCCAGAAGUACUCCAACCCCCACCCUCACCUCUUCUAAGCCACGUAAAUCUCCUGCUAGACCUGAACCUACCCCUGAAAUACCCCCCACCUCCACAAACAUUGCCUCUGUUGUUUCUGAAUCACCUGAUAAACAAGAACCGACUCAGGAACCUGCACCAGAACCGCUUCCUGUCUCCACCAAAUCAGCUCGAUCUCCUGCUCCCAAACUGCCCUCUCCAUCUGUCCACAGCAUUUCAAAAACCUCUAGAUUUCACACUAAAGUCACAAAACCUACUCCUGAAAAAGUCUUAUCUACCCCAGAGUCUGCCCCAGAGCUGCCUGCUGCUCCACUCACCCGGUCAGAAGGCAAAUCAAAGCGCAAGAAACCCAAACUCGUAACUUCAACUCAGGACAAUACAGAGACGUCGUCAUGCAGAUCGGAUGAAGCCGAGCCCCGGUCAGCCGAUCAGGGUGCAGCAGAAUCCUCGUGCCCCGGUGAAGAAGUUCGCUCACAUCACUCGCCCACGGAUUCUGAGACACAGAACGAACCAGUCGUUCAGGAUGGAAGUGACCUCAGCUCUCCAGGGGAAAGUAAGAAACCCCAGCAACAUGUCCCCCUGGCCCUGAGGUCCCUGAAUGACCCAGUGGACCGUCUCAGGUUAGCGCGGGCCAAAAAACUCAGAGAGCUUCUCAAGAAAGAGAUGAAUAAAGAAAAACAAAAGAAGCAACAGAAAUCACCGACUGGUAUUAGCAAGAGCAAAAAAACAAAAGAUCACACCAAAAUGACCAUGAGAGAGCUCAUCUACUAUCUACCGUCCACUAACCCCAUGAAGUCAUACACUGAAGACGAGCAGAGAGCCGAGACGGAUUCUCCUUCUCCCCUAAAAGCAGCUCCAGCUGUUCCAUCAGCUACAGAAGAGAACGCAGCCGAGGAAGAGGAAGAGCACGAAGGAGAGGAGGAAGAACCGAUGCUGGCUCCAAGAGUGAAGGUGGCUGAGGACGGAUCUCUUAUCAUAGACGAGGAAAGUUUAACGGUACGAGUGCAGAGGAUGAAGGGACCGAACCUGAUGGAGGAGAGAGAUCCGAUAUUCGAGCGCGGCUCCACCACCACCUACUCCAGCUUCAGGAAAGGGACUUACACUAAACCCUGGUCCAACCGAGAGACGGACAUGUUUUUCCUGGCCAUCAGCAUGGUGGGGACGGACUUCUCCAUGAUCGGUCAGCUGUUUCCUCAUCGAGCUCGAAUAGAGAUUAAGAACAAAUUUAAAAAGGAGGAAAGAACAAACUCCUGGAGAAUAGACAAAGCGUUCAAGGAGAAACGACGCUUGGACCUGGAUUUCUUCAGCAAGCUGCUGGCGCAGAUCCUCAAAGACGAGGAAGAGAAACGCAAAAAAAGGAAAUGCACCUCCCAAGUGUCCAAGCUUCCCUGCCGAAGACCAGGAGAAAGGAAGAAGAUGAUCUAUUCUUCAGAUUCGGAGGAGGAUGAGAGCUCGAGCAGUGACGCCAUGGACGGAGAGAAGGAGAACGAGAACGUGUGUAGUGAUGGUGAGCGCAGUGCUCCUCCGAAAAGGAAGAGAAUGGAAGUGUCACAGAGGAAAAGUAGAAAAGCAAACCGAUCAGCUGAACAGGAAGCAGAGGAAGAGGCUGAGAGAAGCUCAAACGAAGAGACCUCACCUGUUAAUGAGUUGGACUCCGUGGAAAAGGAGACCGAGGGCUUAGGUGUGAAAUCGGUGAGGAAGAGGAGGAGGAACAGAGGUGCUGUGGUGCAGAAAAAAGCUGAGGACACACACACCUCAGUCAGGGAGGAGCGUGCAAAGGAUUCUUCAGCCUCAGUGCAAGAGAAGACGAGACACACUUCUGAUGUCAUUUCCUGUCGGUUGCAGGACUCUGAGACUGAGGACGAGCCUGACGUGAGCACCAUUCAGGAGCACAUUCUCAACAAGCCGACCAGGUCAGGCCGGAUCCCGAAACUCUCUCAGCAGAUGAUCCGUGCGGCGGCGGACGAAGAGGAUGAUGAGGAAGAAGAGCAGCCUCCACCUCGUCCUCUUCCACCUGAUGGUCGGCCUCGGGGCUCUCAGGCUAAACAGGGCAGAUGGCGCGCCCCACACCAGGGCAAAUCCAAACUGCUUACUUUAGUUGCCUCGGUUACUGAGGAUGAAGAUGAUGAUGAGGAGGAAUAUGGUACAAAUCAGGAGGAAGAAAACUAUUCAGUGAAUGCGGAGGAGGAAAACCAGCCCUUCGUGCCCAUGGGGUUGCGCUCUUUGAGGACAGUGGAGUCUGAGGUGGAGGAAACCAUGGAGGAGUUGGACAUCUCAGUAAAUGUUCCUGACGUCCUGGGAAUUUCCCAGAAUGCCGUGUGCCCCGAAUUAUCCUGUGAGAGGGCGCUGUCCACCAUGGGCUCCGUGCCCUGUGAGCAUCAGCUCGACCUGCUUGUUGGUGUGAUUGAGUUCCUGGGUCCGGACCACAUGGAAGUGUCUGAAGAAGCAGCAAGGACUCUACUGACCAUUGGACAUUCUGCUAAUGUUACCCAAACUGAACUGUCCAGUACAGGUGAUGUCAUCAUUGUCGAAGACUCAUCAACUCCUGUCCAUGAAAUUGUCAUGGAAACAAUGGAUCAAUCUGAGACCAUGGAAACCUGUAACAUAAUGACCUCUGACCUUUCCUCUGGCAUUACCUCACAAACUGAUUCAGUUAGCACUGUCGUUACGGAAGAUAAAACUCCUCCGCAGGGCUCCGCCUCCACACCAGAGCCAGUCAGCGGUCAGGAAAAUAAACCUCUGUCUACCGAAAUCCAACCAGAGACCUCAAAUAUCACUGUUCCAGAACCAACAGCAUUAAAGACACGAAGGAACCGGCUGCCCAAACCCAACUUGAGCAGAGCCUCCAAACCCACGCAAAGAGAACCUGCAAUAGCAGCCACCUGUUCUGUAGAGACUUGCAGCACUCCAGUGAAGGAUGAUCGAGAAGCAAAAACUGUGGAGUCCCAAACAUCAGCUGUGAAAGACCUGAGUCCUGAGGAACCCUCUCAACCAGAACCUGAGGAACAGUACUCAGAAGCUUGUAAAGAAAGAGAAAAUAAAAGUGAAGGAUGUAGCUCUGAUCUGCAGCUAGAGGAAAAGAUGGAGGAUGGAGAUUCAGGACAAAGGUCUCGUGUAGAGAAUGAGAGAAAAGAAGAAACCCAGCAAGCACACAGUGAGUCUGAAUCACGUCCUCCAGGUUCCGAGUGCUCUGUGAAACCUUCUCAAGCGGUCAGAAGAUGUCGAGGAGCCAAACCCAAGCCGAACCUGGUGCGGAACGUCAGAACCACACACACCGUCACAGACGUCCAGAAGGACCCUCCGGAAGUUCCUGAUGAGAAGCAAUCUGCUGCAAGCACGUUACCUGACAUUCAGCAGCCAGAAGAGGGCGCUAACCUCAUCCCAGAAUCAGAAAGAGAACCUCCACACGACUCUGUAACGGUGAUUCUUGAUGAUAAUCCAGUGGAACCUCCUAAAUCUGUGUGUGAAACCUCGACCCCUGAUGAGCCGGUGUUUAUUCUCUCUCUCACUGAGGUCCUGCCCACUCUCACAGAAAGGGCGGGGCUUGUGACCAAUCCUCUCUCACUUUCUGCAACAUCAGGAACAGUCCCUGAACCAAUCAGUGCCAUCGAAGGUGCCGCUGCUGAUGUGGGAGGUACAGGUCCAGAUGGAGAUCAGGUCUUCUCUCAACUCCUUCCUGAUGCACUGAUUCCUGUCUCAGAGGAAGGAGAGAGUGAGAAAAGAGAAAACGAGACAAGCCGAGGAAAGGAGGAGGAGAGCUCGAGUCGAGAACCUUCUCAGACCGUUUCUGCUCCUGAGCGACCUGAUGAACCACCUAUGGAACCAUCAGCAUCGAGCUGUACGGCUGAGGAGAAGGUUAAGGAGAUGGACUGUCCUGCUAAAUGGAGAAAACUUCCAGAAAGAGGCAGAAGAGCAAAAGUGCAGAUUGAACCCAACUCAAAUCAGAGGAAAACCCGACGUGACAUUUCGCCUCCGGACGAGACGAGAUCUACACCUGCUUCAUCAUGUGAAAGGACAUUAGAAGAAACAGAACCAUGGCCUACAUCAUCAGAGAUCGCUUCUUCAUCAUUGGCUUCAACAGAAGAACUUUCACCAUCAGAAAUUUUAGAUAUAAAAGAAGACACUUUGUCAUCAACCGUUUUGGAUAAAAACAGCAAAACUUCCACUGCUUCACCAGAGCAGAGUCGAGCAAUCUCACCUCCACCUGUCAGGAGAGAGACUCCGCCCCCUCAAGCUUCUUCUUCUUCUUCUCAAGGUGUUGUAGAAAACAUCAACUUUCCAGAAACAGACCCUGUGGAGCCUAGUGCCAGUGGGGUGGAGGUGGGGUCACAACCUGUCCAUCAAACAACACCCUUGGCUUCGACCGGACCUCUGACGAGACCUGGUAGGAGACCUAAAGGCUUCCUGUCCUUCAUGUCCAGCGCGAACUCGCAGAGACCCUCGGAGUCCGCUCGGGUUCCUCAAAAACCCGCCACCAUCACGUCUAGUAGAGGGAGGGGACGAGCCACACCCAGCACCUCCACUCCACCUCCACCUCCAUCUCAAACUCCACCUUCACCUUCAACUCAACCUCCAGAUGUGAGCUCACACACGCAGGCCGGGACGUCCGGCGAGAACCCGAACGCGGCAGAAGCAGACGAAGAGCCCACGAGUGUCUCGGCGUACUUCUUCAACGACAUCUUCACCGAAGUGGACGAGGAGGACGAGCUCGACUGAGGACACCGGCUGGGGCGCUUAGCUAAGAAUUAGCGUGGACUUGCUAGCUUUUACUCAUUAGCAUCAUUAGUGUUUUUAGUGUGAGUCAGAUGAGUGUCGCGCUGUGAAUCGGGAUAAAAACACUCGCGCACGCAUUUCUCCGUAUUUUUUUUAGCGAUAAAUUUAGAUGAAGUUGAGCGAUCACAUGACCAGUGCAGCACCGGGCAGCGUGUAGUUCAGUGUUUGAGAGAUUUUCUUCACCCUCUGUUUACUUGACCUCAGAAUUCCACACAGCACUGACGUUCAUCCUCUUAUUUCAGCAGAUCCUUUUAUUUCACGUUAAUCUUGUUUACUUUCAUUUCUUUAAUCAUGACCCAGAAUUCCAUUAUUGCCCAUUCAUUACCCACAAUGCCGGUCAGCCUGAAUCUGUCUUGUCGUCUUGUGGGCGUGGCCUGUUCCCCUUGUACCAUUUAGUGAGGAGAAAAUUCACAAAGAGAAAAAUUUGGAGAGAUCAUUUCUGUAGUUUCGGCUCAUUCACAGGGAUGUGUAUAGUGAGCGCUUGGCAAAUUUCAACUUGUGAUGUCAUAACACCUCUUCAGCCGACCAAUCAGAGGCUUUCAAUUCACUCUAGGGUCCUCAUUUCUUAUUACUCUUAUUUCACAUUUCUUUCUUUCUUUCUUUCUUUCUUUCUUUCUUUCUUUCUUUCUUUUCCUUUUUCCUGACUUCCUUUCUUUUUGUUUUUCCUUUCUUUCUAUUUAUCUUUCCUUACUUACAUUAGUCUCUUUCUUAUUUAUUUCUUAUUUUACAGAGAUAUGAAAUUCCAGAAAUUCCCAUAAUUACAAUAUCUUUGUAUUUUAGUGUCUUUGGAAUUUGUGGGUGUGGCCUGUUCAAAAAGAAAGGAGAUUUCACCUAAUUAAGCAUAGCCAGUGAUUAAGACUUGCUGCUGGAAUGUGUGAUUAAUUAUUCACGUUACAUCUGUCAUCACAUUGCAGUGUUGUUGUUCUGCUGGAAUUGUGGGUAAGUUUUCAGCAUGUACGCAGAAAACGAAGGUCACCUGAGGCUCUAUCACUUCUUAGCUUCGACACAGAAGCUUUUCUCCACAGGAACCGCCAUAUUCUGCUCUACACUGUGCUUUCUCUUAGCUUUGUCAUUUUUGUGGUUUUGCUCUAAAAUAUUUUUCACCGCAGUGGCUGCUGCCUGAGCGUCGCCUCUCGACACGUCUGGUGUAGAUUUAUUGUGUCGUUAAUCAGCGAUGUGCCACGUCUCCUGCGUUCUGCCUGUACAGUCCACCAUGUUUUAGUUCCUAAUUUGUUCUGAAAUCCAACUCCACUCUUCUAGACAAGUUUAUGACCCAAACAUGGUGUGUGAAGUGCUAAUGAACAUCUGUAAAUAUGUUAAUAAACAUUUAUUAUGUGCUUUUA